GUUACGAUUAUAAAUCCGUGCCGUAAAUCCGUAUAAACGCAUCGUUAUCGUCGAUUCCUCUGAUCUUUGUUUUAUUUACUUAGUUCGUGCAUGCUCCGACCGUCUCCUACGGUCGCGUCUCGUCUCGUUACACCGCAAAAAUGUAAACAUGCACUCGUACACAGAACGCAAAAUGAACAGAGUACAAAACAGGCAGAUUCGAAAGAACGAAGAAAGAAACGAGAGAACCGGCGGACACUGGCGAAACGGUAUUGUCUUCCAACUGCUAGUCGAUUUCCACGUAGCAAACUGGUGGCCGCAUUUUCCAACAAAGAAUUGCCAAAUUUUCAAUUACUCGUUCCAGUUUCAUAAUACUACUACUACUACUAAUAAUAAUAAUAAUAAUGAUGAUGAUGAUGAUAAUACUAACAUUCCGAUAAUAAUAAUCGCGAGAUUAAGAUUUAACGCGUGGUUGAAUUUUCAAAGUUACAUCGUUUACCAGCGUUUGAUGAAUUUGUGCAAAAAAAUCAGACAUCGUACGAUGAGUGUCGUAAAUUCAUCGAUUAAUGAUAAUAUUUUCUAAGAAAUUAUUAUUGUUCUCUGAGAGGGGACGAAGAAAGGAUGUAGUUUUUGUUAGUCGAGCGAUUAUGCUAUUAGUAAGGCGCUAAUAUAACGUUGCCACUUCUCUUUCUUCGUCGAUCGCGUUAUGCGAUCGAACGAAAAACCGAGAGCAACGAAAGACGAGAUACAGAACGAAUCGAUCCUCGAGCGAGUACAGGCGUCGAACGAAUAUAAGUCCGUGUACGCGAUAACGAAUCGUCGAUAUCGAGAAAAA